UGAGAGAGGUACAGUCUCAGCGGCAGCACGGCUCUGCGCUCCGAGUGUGGAUGUUAGAAAAGAGGGAAGGACUCCGAGACACACACACACACAGAGGAGCGCUACCGGUGGACGUGAGUGUGCUCGCGGGCUGCGGAGCGUCUCUCCGGUCAGCUGUGAAUGGGAUUACGGCGGCUCCUCCGGGACUGCAGGAGGAACCAUGCGGCCGCAGAGCUGCCCGCUGCCCUCGGCCCUGCUCCCGCUGCUGCUCGGGCUCUGCAGCGGCACAAGUUUCCCAACUAACAUCAACAUAGGAGGCCUUUUCCCCGGUGACUCCCAUGAGUACGAGGUGUUUCGUUUCGCCCUGGCACAAAACCAGGACAUCCCCAAGCUGGUGCCACAGGUGGACAUGGUGGACACGAGCAGCAGUUUCGCCAUGACCUACGCCUUCUGCUCACAGUUCUCUAAGGGAGUGUACGCCAUCAUGGGUCUGUACGACCGGCGGACGGUCAACAUGCUGAUGUCCUUCUGCGGGUCUCUGCACGUCUGCUUCGUCACGCCGUCCUUCCCCGUGCAGACCAACAACCAGUUCGUCCUGCAGCUGCGGCCCCAGCUGCAGGAGCCCCUCAUGGCCCUGCUUGAGCACUUCUACUGGACCAGGUUCGUCUACAUGUACAGCUCUGAAUCAGGUUUGGCAGUGUUGCAGAGGAUCCUGGACACGGCGGCAGAACGAAGUUGGCAGGUCACCUCGGUUAACCUGGACAGUCUCACAGAGCCGGCCUUCAUCAAGCUGCUGGCUGACCUCGACUACAAGAAGGACUUCCAGAUCAUCAUCGACUGCGAGCUGAAACGCCUCAACUACAUCCUCAACCUGAUUGCUGCUCAGAAGAGGAACUUGAAGAACUACCACUACAUCCUUGCCAAUCUGGGCUUCUUGGACCUGAACGUCACAGAAUUUCAGAAGCUCGGACCGAACGUGACCGGCUUCCAACUGGUGAAUCGGUCGGAUCCCGCUGUGCAGAAGAUCAAUCAGAACUGGCUGGACUUCGACAACAAAGACCUCAAAGUGGCUCGCAGGAGGCUCAAGUACACAGGAGCUCUGACCUAUGAUGGUGUCAGCAUCAUGGCAACGGCAUUCCAGAAUCUGCGGAGGCAACGGAUCGACAUCUCUCGCCGGGGCAACGCAGGGGAGUGCCUGGCCAACCCGCCCGCUCCGUGGGGACAGGGCAUCGAUAUCCAGAGAGCCCUGCAGCAGGUUCGUCUGGAGGGGCUGACGGGUCACGUCCAGUUCGAUGAGCGCGGACAUCGAACCAACUACACUUUGACUGUGAUGGAGCUCAGCCACAUUGGACCCAGGAAGAUCGGCUUCUGGAAUGAGAAGAGAGGCUAUGUGAACACUGCCAUCUACAGGCCGAUGCAGGAGGAGUUUUACAAUGUGCAGAACAAAACCUACAUUGUCACUACCAUCCUGGAAGCUCCCUACAUGAUGCUAAAGAAGAACCACGAGCAGUUUUGGGGAAACGAUAAAUAUGAAGGUUACUGUGCCGAGCUCGCCGCAGAGAUCGCCAAACACGUCGGGUUCACGUACCGCCUUGAGCUAGUAGGUGACGGCAAGUACGGUGCCAGAGACGCUGAAACAAAGAUGUGGAAUGGCAUGGUGGGAGAGCUGGUGUAUGGGAAGGCGGACAUGGCAGUGGCCCCGCUGACCAUCACUCUGGUGCGAGAGCAGGUGAUCGACUUCACAAAACCCUUCAUGUCUCUGGGAAUCUCCAUCAUGAUCAAGAAACCUACCAAGUCCAAACCGGGCGUCUUCUCUUUCCUCGACCCGCUGGCCUACGAGAUCUGGAUGUGCAUCGUCUUUGCCUACAUCGGGGUCAGCGUGGUGCUCUUCCUGGUGAGUCGGUUCAGUCCUUACGAAUGGAACGGUGAGGAGUCUGAUGAUGAAGAUGAAACUGCUCUCUCUUCUUCUCGAAGAGCUCAGGCCUCUUCAUCCGCAGAACAUACCCACUCUCCAGGGUUCUCCCAGGCUCAGGGGCAGAACCAGAACCAGCAGAAGGAAAAGGAGACCCCAGAAUACACCAAUGACUUUGGCAUCUUUAAUUCUCUGUGGUUCUCACUCGGAGCGUUUAUGCAGCAGGGCUGUGACAUCUCUCCCAGGUCUCUCUCAGGUCGAAUUGUCGGAGGAGUUUGGUGGUUUUUCACCCUCAUCAUCAUCUCUUCCUACACAGCCAACCUGGCAGCCUUCCUCACCGUAGAGAGGAUGGUGUCCCCCAUAGAGAGUGCAGAGGACCUGGCCAAGCAAACAGAGAUUGCCUAUGGUACCUUGGAUGGAGGCUCCACUAAAGAAUUCUUCAGGCGGUCAAAGAUUGCAGUGUUCGAGAAGAUGUGGUCAUACAUGCGGAGUGCAGACCCAUCGGUCUUCGUCAAGAGCACUAGUGAAGGCGUGAUACGGGUCAGAAAGUCAAAAGGGAAAUAUGCUUACCUGCUGGAGUCCUCCAUGAAUGAGUACAUCGAGCAGAGGAAGCCCUGUGACACCAUGAAAGUAGGAGGCAACCUGGACUCUAAAGGCUAUGGAGUGGCCACGCCUAAAGGAUCCCCCCUCAGAAUCCCAGUAAACCUAGCAGUACUGAAGCUCAAUGAACAAGCCGUCUUAGACAAGUUGAAAAACAAGUGGUGGUAUGACAAGGGGGAGUGUGGACACAAGGACUCCGGCAGAAAGGCUGCAUGCUAUUGGAUGAAAAAGCUAAGUCACACCCACCAAAAACCAAGCGAUGCAUGUGAGGAAAGAACGUGCAAAAUACAAGCGCUCGCCAACUGAGUCUGUUUUUUAAAAGAUUGUGAUAUGAAGCUAUUUUUCAUAAAUGACACAUUUCUAUGACCGUGAAGACCAGCACAGAUAUAAUGAACCUCUGAAUUGAAGUAUAAGACCUUUUUGUUAAGAAUUUCAAGAUAAUUUUUUUUCCACAUUUUGUUUGCAUUUUCAUGCAUGAAGCUGCAUGUGACAGAUCAAUAGAUGUGGAUGUUCAAAGGCUAUGAUUGAGGCAACGGAGGGUCAUUCUUUUCAUGAGGAGAUGAACAUUAGCAGGGUCUUUGCCCUGUUCAGUAGGGUCAGAUACAUUUGGACUUUUAAAUACAUUUAUAUAUCAGAUAAUAUUGGGCUAAAGACUAGAUGGUUGAAUUAGACUCUUGGAGUGACAAACUCUCAUUUUAAUUAGUUUUAAUGUUUGUUAUUUGUUAACACUUGUUAGCAUUUAUUAACUAUUUUAACUGUUUCCUUAUUGUGAUUAGCUAGCAAAAAGUGAUGAUUUUUUACAAAGAGGAGUUUGUUCAUAUCUCAAAAUAGACUUUGAUGUACAAAAACAUCAAAGCACAAUUAAAACUUACUUUCCUGGCAGGUGUCACCGAUUAGGUUUUAUGUUUUGAAUGGAAACUACAAACUUAUCAGUUAGGCAGUAAAUUUCAAAUUUCAAAUUUGAGUGGAUGUCGCCCAAAAGUAAUUUCAUAUUAAAUUCCAUAAUUCAUGGGAACUCAGACAUUCUCUGAGGGGAUUUAUAUUUCCAUUUGUCAGAAUAUCACAGCCUUUGAACGCUGCAUAAUGGUCUUCCUAGUUAGAAACUUGUAUUUAGCUUUGGGAUUUUAGACCAUUUUAAACUUUUUAAAAAUAAUUUUGUCCUUUUGCUUACAGUUGGAUUCAAACCAUAGUGAUGUCAUGCCUCUGUGCACCAUGAUUCGGUGUCUCUAACCUCACUUCUCUGUGCUGAUAGGACAAAACUAGCGCGCUCAGUCUGAGCAAUGUAGCUGGAGUUUUCUACAUCCUGAUUGGUGGGCUGGG